AUGAUUGUCAACAAACUGGACAUCAUGAGUGCUAACAAGUUCUCACACGUCAACCGGCUCGCCAACCACUUUGUGCAGCAAAGCCCGAUGUCGUUUCUGCGGCAGUGGGCCCCCGGCAUGCCGAAGAUGCUCAGACGGUCCCAGAUCCAUUUGUACUGGAACAUUCUUCAGCUCAAAGAGGCAAUCCUCCGUGUGAAUUGCGUGGUUUGCGGCGAGCAGUCAGUUCAACUCUACCUCCCCACCAUGGAGCGUAUCUGCCACCCAUGCGUGCACGACAACCACGCAUUCUGGUGUCUCCCCGUUGAACAGGCAGCCCUAAUCUUUGGCCUCGACAUACCCGAUCUCGUUCACCCCCAAACUAUGUAUCUGCCACAGCUGAGCAAGAUUGACUUUGACUACACGGACCUUGGCGCUUGGGUUGUCCCUAUCAAGCUGGCGCUAACCAAAGCCCUGGAGAUGUACGGUACCCGUGAGGGCAUCAAGCGUGCUGUGGAGGGUAAGACGCCAAUCCCUGGAGCCCGAAAGUACGCCAACCCCGAUGACGAGGAAUUCGAGGUUGAAAACCAACAUGACAUUUAUCGCGCCGCUAAGCUCCACUCGCCGACCCCUGUCAGAAUGCGUUUGCUCGUGUCGUUGGGGAACUACCACCGAACCGCUCACCACCAUGAAGUUUCCUGCCGGGUCCCUGUUGUCAACCGCGACAAUACACGCCAAACCCAUUACUCCUGCCGUGGUUGCACUGCCAUGCUCACCUACAACAAGGGUGAACGAAUCUCCGACACCAACAUGCGGCUGAUGCGACUUGACCCUGAGCUCGACAAGUAUGAACGCUCGUUCCAGCUCUUCCGUCGCGCCUUUCGUGUGUGGACUAAGGAGGAGUUGAUUGAGCAUAUUCGAGCCGAAUGCAUUGCGGGUUGGAUCUUGCUGUAUUUCGAGGCUCGAUACCAGCAGUUCUGA